AUUAUUAAUACUUGUCCAAAAUUCUGCUUCGCAGACUGUUUGUGGGCUGCUUUGUGGUAUUUUACUAUGAAAUGCAACAUUCAUCCUUAUAUUGUUUUUGUUUUAAUUCACUCAGAGACCUGUUCUGGUCCGUCUCCAUCAGCGGAAACAGCAAAAGCACCAGGUCUUCCACAUCAUCCACCACCAGCUGAGCUUCCAGUUCACUGGAAAGAUCAUCUUCCACCUUUCCAGCAUGAGUGGAUACGGAACACACUAUUUAAGGCCAACCCGCGAACCGGCAAGCCAGAACUAGUGUCCCAACUGAAGCUUUGGUGGUAUCCUCCUCAGGUCCCUUUAAUUCACACUCAGCCGCCCGCCUCACCUGACCUCUUCUUCUGUCGGCCCCUUUUCUUAUGGAUGCCGCUCAAGAUGUGGCGAUUUCCUCUUGUCUGUGUUCGACCAGACUGUGAUAAGCACAAACUAACAGCCGCAGGACUUUACCGUACCGUGCGCAAAGUCUUGGACAUCGACGGUUGGUAUGAUCUUGCCACUGAGUAUCUGGAGUGCAAACGCUGCAAAAAGAAAUAUCCCGCCUGGUCCGAGGACAUUUUGGGGCAACUGGAUAUGGGCCACCGCAGUCAGUUUCCAGCUUUGCUGACAUACAGAUACUCAUGUGACAACCGGGUGCUGAGGAUGAUGAGGGAGAGGACACAGGGCAACAGCGUGACACAGCUGUACAAGAAGCUCAUGGAACAACACAGUGAGGCAUGGACACAGCGUGUCCUUCAGUACCUGACUGCCUGUGAACCAUUUACAAGGUCCUUCCUUGUGCAGCCACCUGUGUUUGCCGAGCCUCCCUCUUUACCUGCCCUACCUAAACCUAAGUGGCUGUUAGCCGUGUACGCCAGGGAUGUUCUGGGCCGACUGCACGAGGUCAAAGCCAAAAUUACAUCUGUCUUGGGCUGUGUUCUAAAGAUGGACUCCACAAAGAAGGUCACAAAGAAACUUGCCGGUGCUGCUGCAGGAACAGCUGCCUGGUGCACAAAUGUAGGAAACGAACACGGCCAAGUCCUUGUCUCUGUGCUGACAGCCGCAGAGGGACAUGGACUGCACCCUAUGGCAGCUGGCCUAAUGAAACGCUACCGGGAGGCAGGAGAGGCAGCCCCGAAAGUGAUGUACGUGGACAGAGAUUGCUGCAGUCUUCAUGGCAAGUCUCAGGUGAAGGUCAUGUUUUCGGAGUGGGAUGAGCUUGAAGUGCGCCUUGACAUCUGGCAUUUCAUGCGGCGAUUUGCUGCAGGUGUCACGACAGAGGCUCAUCCGCUCUACGGGACCUUCAUGGCACGUCUGUCCAUGUGCAUCUUUCAGUGGGAUUCAGAUGAUGUGGCUGCUCUUCACCGUGCAAAGGAGGGUGAGCUGGCAGCAAAGAAGGCCGGCCACAUCUCAGGAAAGGCGCUGAGUUCCCGCAUUACCCGGAGAGAGUUGGCACUGCACUGCCGGAGGAGGACCAGGGGUGUGGAGGAGACCACCAGAUUAAUUGGAUCUCUGGUUGAUCUGUUUGACAGUGCGAGUGGUAAAGACACUCUGGGAGUUCCUCUGCUGGACCAUGAACGGAUCCAGCAGAUAUGGAAAGAACAGCGGAAGCACGUACAGUGUAUCCAAGACCCAGAGAACUUUCCCCUCUACAUGAAGACAGGGACACUGAAGAAAGGCAGUGUGGAGCUGUGCUGCUACAGAUGUGCCCGUGGCUCUACCUCUUUGGAGUCAUUCCACCUCCACCUAAACCGUUUUAUUCCAGGAACCAGUGCCAGUGAUUCACAUUUUCAGGCCUAUCUUCUUGAGGGCUUGAUGCGCUGGAAUGAUGACAGGAUGGAAGAUGCCAUAAAAGGAGCGUCCUCCAUCCGGACAUAUGGCAGUGCCAUGAAAGAGGCUGUGGACAAGCUUUCCCGAACUGUCUUCGGAAAGCCCUGGGAUGAGCGCUAUCGCCCUCCUGGAGCAUAUACAGGUGAAUUGCUAGGAAUGGAGUACCUUUACAGCCAGACUGGCAAAACACUUACUCCAGUGCUCCAGAACCCAGAGGAGGAAGACAGGCUGGUGGAGGAAGUUGAUGAUCAGGACCUGCAAGAUGAGGGGUUUGAGGAAGAGAUCAUGGAGGACAUCACAGUUCCAGUGCUGUAUGAGGAUGACCCUUGCCGUGAUCUUGAAAACAGCCCCUCAUCUUUGCCUCUGCAUCAGUCCCCAGCAUCGAUGGCUGAUGUGUCACUGGCUGAGCCGUCCACAUCAUCAUCUCCUGGUGGAGAACAACAGCAUCUUGCCCCUGCCCCUUCAGUACUGUCACAGUCAUCUGACACUGGAAGCAGUAUUUCCGACGAGGCUCAGGGAGCAGUCAUUGGACCCGAUGGCAUCGCUGGGUGGGACAAGGUCCAGGAUUUGGCUGGUUACCUGGUGGGUCUUCGUGAGGCUCCUUACCUUACUGACCAGCAGGUGACAGAGGCCAUCCAGCUGUGGACAGCUCUCCUAGAUUUCGAUAAGCAGCGGAUCAACUAUCAGCCUCGACAUCAGCCUCAGCUGACACAGGGGCGCUAUAAGGCACCGAAGCGGUCUGGAGUCACACCAGGUGUGGAGAGUGUGAAACGGUGUCUGAUUGGACAUCCUGGGGGUCCAGCGCAGUGGCCCGACGCCAACCGCUUGGUUAAUACCAUUUGUAUGAAGUUGUGUGCUUUACACAAGUCGCCAACCAAGAAAGAUGGAGUUUGCACCCCCAGGUGGUCUAAAGUUCUUUCAGAUUACCACCACAUCCGAGAGUUGGUGCUUAACAAUCCCACUCUGAUGGAUGAAACAACGAUCCAGCUGUUUGAGAUAAACCAUAGGACACUCACUCAGUGGUUUCGUAAGUGGAAGAAUAGACAGGAAAUGGGCGUCCUCGGUCAGGGUCUGACUCCAUCUAACCCAAUUGCUGUGGCUGAUACGCACCUGCCUCCACCGAGGGAAAAAUUGAAUGAAGUGCCAUCGACAUCAGGCCCAAAACAUCAAUUUUUCCUUCCACCAAAUCGUGAAGGACAGGCUCCUCUUCUGCGACCAGGUCGAAAGCCAGCUGCUGCCACCAGGGAGUUUCCCAUUGCAUCCGCCCCCACAGCAUCAGGAGUUGUGCAGCCCAUCGCACCUGCCCCCACAGCAUCAGGAGUUAUGCAGCACAUUUUAGCACCCAUCGCACCCGCCCCCACAGCAUCAGGAGUUGUGAAGCACAUUUUAGCACCGGGGUUGUCGUUUGGCACGGUAGUCUUUAAUCCAGACAUGACUGUGUCAGUGGUGAUUCCACCUUCUGGUGCUUCGACAUCCAGUGCAGUCCCAGCUCCGCCUGCUCCGGCGUCUGCUGCACCUGUGUCCCGUUACACGCAAAGGAACAGGCGCCGACGGGCUAUGGAGAAUGAAAGUGGUGUCCAGAAGAGGAAGUAUGUGCGAGGGGUUACUUUUAACACGUGCAGCAAAUGUGGGCAGCCCAAAACGAAAGAGUUUGGCCAUAGCCGAUAUGGUAAUGCCACAUUUUGCUUGCGUGCCUCAAAUGGCAAAUCUUUAGAGGAAUGGUUGGCAGAGCAGCGCCAGCAAGAAACAUGUCAAACUCCACCACCUCAAUAAAUAACAUCUUUCCUGUAUAUAUUGUACAUAUGUGUGCGUGUGUGUGCUGUGAUCAUUUCAAUAUUUGUGUGUAUUUAUUUUAAUAAAACAUUUUACAUCUGAA